CUCACAACUUAUAAAACACAGUAACUCUAACAUUACACUUAAUGUUACGGCAAUUAGGAUCCUUAAAGAAACAUUCAUAACCAAUAGCCAGUUGUUAUCUAAUGAUGCUAAUUUGGGAAGACGUGUAUCUGUUGCAUCUGUCCUCUCCGUCAUGUGAUGAAUGGCCUCUGACAGCCUCUGCGGUUAAACAUUAAGACGGCACUAGUCCCUAAUGGAGACUAACCAGGAGGCCGUGCACAUAUAAUUCUCACAAAGUGCACAAAGUCCUCUCUAAUUGGCCACUACUUAAAUCUUGGGCAUAUAUUUGGAAAUCAGACAAACUUCUUCUCUGGAGAGAAACUUAGAAGGAGCCAGAAGGAUAACUAAAGCUGAAAAAACAGUCACAUCACACGAUAUUCUAUGCUGUUUGAAAUCAUAACUGAGAAUAACAUAGCUUAUUUACGCGGUGGGCAGAGGAGGUGACCAAAAGGACACGCUGUCAUAUAUUUAGACUAACGGGAACACUCUGAUAACGUUUCCUAGACUGACAGGACCAGAGUUUAUUCGCCAGUGGAAAACUUCAUACCAGAGUACAGCUGAGCCAAAAGGGAAUAUUCCAACUUCUGAGUGUAUUUUUCUCACCACAUUUCCUCCUCCUCCUUCUCUUUCUCUCUCGGGGAUCCAGUCAAAUCCAGUCUGGCUGAAGCGGACGUCUUGGUGCGAGAUAAUCGUCAGAUGAUAUGAGUUAAUGAGGCGGAGAUGCAAGGAGACAGACUCAGACGUGCUCUCAUGCCAGGACAGGUGUGCCACCAGUGAGAGCGAGAGGAGGAGAAAACGAAAGGCGCAAAGAGAAUAAAGAGGGUGGUAGAUAUCAAGCGGAGAAGAAGUCACUUUCCAGGUUCUCGAUAUGGAAACCGGGCAGAGCGCACCGGCGUCGGACAUGGGGGGAGACCACACAGCUGGGGUGUGUGUGGUGGAGCGGGACCGAGAGAGGGGCGACGUGUCCAGCCCCAGUCCACCGACUAAGCAGCGCUCUCUGCGGGUCGUCUACGUCCUGAACGAUGGGCUUAAGUCGGUGAUGGCGAGCAGCCCGGAGUCCGGAGCGCUGCAGUGUUUGCAGAGAGCCUGUGAUUCGGAGAGCGCCCUGCUCACCACCGUCACCUUCGGAAGGUUGGACUUUGGAGAAACAUCAGUACUGGACAGUUUCUAUGAUGCAGACAUUGCAGUCGUGGAUAUGAGCGAUGUGUGUCGGCAGCCCUCCUUGUUUUACCACCUGGGUGUGAGGGAGAGCUUUGACAUGGCCAACAAUGUCAUCCUAUACCAUGACACCGACCCCGACACUGCCCAGUCACUGAAGGACAUGGUGGCACAGAAAAACACAGCUGCUCGUCCUCCACCGUUAGGUUUUCCCUGGGUUCAGUUGCCUCCAGAAUACAGAGGCUCUGGUCUGAGAAAUAAAGCAUCCAGUGGUAACUACUACUUCAUCCCCUACAUAGUCACCCCUAACCACGAGUAUAUGUGCUGUGAAAGCGAUGCCCAACGGAGGGCAAGCGAGUACAUGCAGCCCAACUGGGAUAACCUGCUGGGCCCACUGUGCGAUCCCCUGACCGACCGCUUCACCAGCCUGCUGAAGGACAUCCACGUAACAUCCUGUGCUUCCUUUAAGGACACCCUGCUCAACGACAUCAGGAAGGCUAGGGAGAAGUACCAGGGAGAGGAGCUGGCUAAGGAGCUUUCACGCAUUAAACUCCGAAUUGAUAACACAGAGGUCCUAACACAGGACAUUGUCAUGAACCUGCUGUUUUCCUACAGAGAUAUACAGGACUAUGAUGCCAUGGUGAAACUGGUGCAGACUCUGGAGAUGCUGCCAACAUGUGAUCUGGCUACCCAGCCCAUGAUCCAGUUUCAUUACUCCUUUGCCCUGAACAGGAGGAAUGCUCCUGGAGACAGGGAGCAGGCUCUCAGAGUGAUGCUGCAGGUGUUGCAGUCCUGCGAACAUCCUGCACCAGACAUGUUCUGCCUCUGUGGACGAAUCUACAAGGACAUUUUUCUCGACUCUGACUGCAAAGACACUAAAAACAGGGACAACGCCAUUCAGUGGUACAGAAAGGGCUUUGAGCUGCAGCCCACUCUGUACUCGGGUAUUAACCUAGCUGUCCUCCUCAUAGUUGCUGGCCAGCAAUUCGAGAGCUCCAUGGAACUCAGAAAAAUAGGGGUGAGGUUGAACAGCCUGCUGGGGCGCAAGGGUUCCUUGGAAAAGAUGAAUAACUACUGGGACGUCGGCCAAUUCUUCACCGUUAGCAUGCUAGCGAGUGACAUUCCUAAAGCUACUCAGGCUGCAGAGAAGCUCUUCAAGCUGAAGCCACCUGUUUGGUAUUUGCGUUCAGUAGUGCAGAACUUACAGCUGAUCCAAAGGUUUAAAAAGCAAAAUUUGGAGCAUUCUCCUCAGAGAGAGAAACUCAACUUCUGGAUGGACAUCAUCGUCGAGGCCACGCAGUGCACCACCAACAGACUGCGGUUUCCAGUGCUGAUUCUGGAGCCCACCAAAGUUUACCAGCCAUCCUAUGUGUCUAUCAACAAUGAGGCUGAAGAGAAGAACGUCUCCAUCUGGCAUGUUUCUCCUGCUGAAACGAAAGGUAUUCAUGAGUGGAACUUCACUGCAAUGUCCAUCAAAGGCAUUAGUAUCAGUAAGUUCGAUGAGCGUUGCUGCUUCCUCUACGUCCACGAUAACUCGGAUGACUUCCAGAUCUAUUUCUCUACUGAGGAGCAGUGCGGUCGGUUCUGCUCCAUGGUGAAAGAGAUGAUAUCUGAUGGUACUGGGAAUGCUGUGGAGCUGGAGGGGGAGGGUGAUGGAGAUACGCUAGAGUAUGAAUAUGACACCGAUGAGACAGGGGAAAGGGUAGUGUUGGGUCGUGGCACCUACGGAGUGGUGUAUGCUGGGAGAGAUCUCAGCAACCAAGUCCGAAUUGCCAUCAAAGAGAUCCCUGAAAGAGACAGCAGGUACUCUCAGCCCCUUCAUGAAGAGAUCGCUCUUCACAAGUACCUGAAGCACAGGAACAUUGUUCAGUAUUUGGGUUCCAUUUCUGAGAAUGGAUACAUUAAGAUCUUCAUGGAACAAGUGCCUGGAGGAAGUCUGUCUGCAUUGUUACGGUCGAAAUGGGGUCCUCUGAAGGAGGCAACAAUUAUCUUCUACACCAGACAGAUUCUGGAAGGUCUCCGAUACCUGCAUGAAAACCAGAUCGUCCACCGAGACAUCAAGGGUGAUAAUGUCCUAGUUAACACCUAUAGUGGUGUCUUGAAGAUCUCUGACUUUGGUACCUCAAAACGGUUGGCAGGAGUCAAUCCCUGUACAGAAACAUUCACAGGUACCUUGCAGUACAUGGCUCCAGAGAUAAUUGACAAGGGCCCUCGAGGCUAUGGGGCACCAGCUGACAUUUGGUCCCUGGGAUGUACCAUUAUAGAAAUGGCCACUGGGAAACCUCCCUUUCAUGAGCUGGGGGAACCACAGGCAGCCAUGUUUAAGGUUGGCAUGUUUAAAAUUCACCCAGAGAUUCCAGAGUCUUUGUCACAGGAGGCCAAGUCAUUUAUUCUACGUUGCUUUGAGCCCGACCCUCACAAGAGGGCCAUCGCCUUGGACCUGCUCAGAGACACUUUUGUCAAGCACAACACCAAGGGCAAGAAGAGUAAGAUCGCCUUCAAAUCACCAGACUAUAUCCCUAACAUCUCCCUGCCAGUGCAGGUGCAAGGCGAGGCCGCUGGCAGUAGCAGCAGUGAGCAUGGCUCUGUGAGUCCCGACUGCGACGCAAAACACGACAUAUUCUUUGACAAGAGGAAAAGCUCUGGCUCCAAGAAUCUGCUCAAACCUCCCAGUUCUAACUACCUGAGUGUGCCUGAUGAGGGUUCAGUAUCAGAGGACCGCUCUGUUCCCCCAUCUCCUGAGGACAGGGACAGUGGUUUGUUCAUGCUAAAGAAGGACAGCGAGAGACGGGCCAUUCUGUACAAGGUCCUCAAUGAAGACCAGGAAAAGGUCAUCUCCAACCUCAGGGAAAAUCACAUGCAGGGUAGCGAGGAUCUCCAGCUGUCCAUCGAUCACAUCAAGCAGAUCAUCUGCAUCCUUCGAGACUUCAUCCAUUCCCCGGAGCGGCGCGUCAUGGCGGCCACCAUCUCCAAGCUCAAGCUGGACCUCGACUUUGACUCCACAUCCAUCAACCAGAUUCAGCUGGUGUUGUUUGGUUUCCAGGACUCGGUGAACAAGGUCCUGAGAAAUCACCACAUUAAACCCCACUGGAUGUUUGCCAUGGAUAACAUCAUCCGACGAGCUGUGCAGGCUGCAAUAACCAUCCUUAUACCAGAGCUGCAGACCCACUUUGGCCCGGCGUCAGAGUGUGAGGGAGCAGAAAAGGAAGACGAGGUCGAUGAGGAGGAAGCAGAGUUUGGACCCAUUUUAGUGCAGCAAACUGACGAGACGGGGACAACGUCCGAUCACACACACUCUGCGGUCAGCACUGUGAACUCCUCCCACUCCCACGAACAUCAACGCUCACAUCAUCAUCUAGGCGCCCAGCUGGGCAGGCUCAAACACGAAACCAACAGGCUGCUGGAUGAGCUGCUACAAAAGGAGAAGGAGUACCAGCAGGUCUUGAAAGCCACCCUGCAGCAGAGAACACAUGAUUUAGAGUUGGUCCGAGUCAGACACAGACCCCCAGACAUUUCACCUCCAUCCAUCCACCACAUCCCAGCAGACCAUGAGCCAGACAAGCAGCUCAUCGACUGGCUGAAAGAGCAGGGCGCAGACCCCGACACCAUAGACAAGUUUGUUCUUGAGGAAUAUACACUGACGGACAUUCUUCGUGACGUUACCAAAGAGGACCUCCGGUGCCUACAUCUACGGGGCGGAAUCCUCUGCCGGAUCUGGCGAGCCAUCCAGCGGCACAGAGAACGAGACAGGCUGGCCAACGACAAGCGCUCAGAAAACAAUGCAUGAUGGAGUAGAAUUCUGUUGUGGGGAAAACACGCACAUGUUCACACAUUACCAUGAUCUCUCCUUUUUCUCUGACUCUACGGUGCCUUUUUAAAAAAAUGUUGUUUUUGUGUUGUAUGUACAGGACUCACUGAAUCCACGUAGAGUCCGACUUGACCAGACCAAAGUGCUUUAGUGCAGGCACUACUGUGUGUACCUUUGUGCUUGAUAUUUAUGAAACAUGCUCCCCUAAUGUUUCUUCAGAGCAUUGAUUCUCAAGCUUUUUUGAAAUGUUCACUUUCAGGAGUGCCACAAUUUUUGUAUUUAAACAAGCACUACAGCCCUGAACUUUUUAGGGACUUUUCAGAAGUCACAUGUGACCUCUUUAACUUGACUGCUCCCUGGUACAAGCACGUCAUGUGGCAUUAACGGGUGUCAUGUUUACUGCCUUCACCUUCAGCCAAGCUCCAAAUAUGCAAAUGUUUCUGGAGUUUGUUUCUGAAAUUGUGCAAAAUUCAAGAAUGACAAUAGGUUUAAUUUCACAUUGUGUCUUUGGCCAUCCUAAUGUCAAGGCUCUGUUUCUCCCAGAAGGACAUGGCUUGAGAACCACUGCUUUAGGAUGUUAAAAUCUGCUGUAUAUUGGUACAGUCAGCUGUGCUGUCUAUGAUGAAAAGAGUCCUCAGCAUUGAAUGAAUUUAGGUAUCUGCUGUAUUGCGUUCUGCAUCUUUUAGACUUGCAUUCUUCUAAGCAAACUGUCCUGCUUAGCUUAAAAUGUUGUGUCUCUAAAUAUACAUUUCAGCCUAAAGCCUUAAAUUAAACAUAAUGUAGCAUGCACAUAUAUCACUGCUGCUGAUUAGAUUUUUAUGCAUGUUAUUUAUUAGUCGUAACUACUCUCUUGUAUUCUCUAUCUGUAUUUAAUUUAUUUUUUAUUCCACCUGUCAUAUUAUAUGUUCUUUACAAUUCCAAUAAACCUGGGAAAAGCAACA